CGUGCUGAUCUUCAUUUAGACGCGUGUUAUUUAAAUGCAGUUAAUUUAUCAAACAGAUUUACAUUUAUAAUACGAGUGGAAUAAAUAUGUUAGGCCUUGCGCAUAAUCAGCCAUUUGAGUGUGCAGGAAGAGAGGACGCUAGCAAACUCGUUGGAGAAUUCGCCAGUGUUGGACUCCCUGGCAAUAUGACGCUAUUUCAUUUCGGGAAUUGCUUUGCCUUGGCUUAUUUCCCCUACUUUAUCACCUACAAGUGCAGUGGACUCUAGUCACCCUUAUUGGGGUCCCGAGUGGCGCAGCAGUCGAAGGCACGGCAUCUCAGUGCAAGAGGUGUCACUAUAGUCCCUGUUUCGAAUCCAGGCUGUAUCAUAUCUGGCCGUGAUUGGAUGACCCAUAGGGCGGCGCACAAUUGGGCCAGCGUCGUCCGGGAUCAGAAUACAAUGCAUUCUGGAGGUGUGUUCAAGCAGGAGCUACCUACCUAUUUGUGCAGCUAUGCAAGAUGCUAUUUCUAGCCACUUUCUUCCCCACAUGGGAGGGAGGAGCUGGUGUGUAUGACUUUGUUGGUGAGUUUAUGAAGGCCACGGUGGACCUAGCAGACCUUCUGGGCCUGCAUCUGGUCAUGUCCAGGAACGCAGGGAAGGGAGAGUACAAGAUCAUGGUGGCAGCGAUGGGAUGGUCCACAGCAGAGCUCAUUAUGUCAAGGUGUAUACCUCUAUGGGUGGGUGCCAGAGGCAUUGAGUUUGACUGGAAGUACAUACAGAUGAGCUUCGACUCCAACAUCAGCCUGGUGCACUAUAUCGCCAUGGCAGCAGUGGUGUGGAUGUUCACGCGGUACGACCUCCCGAAGAGCUUCCGUCUGCCUGUGACUGUACUGCUAGGGCUGUGUGUAUACAAGGCCUUCCUCAUGGAGUUGUUUGUCCAUGUGUUCCUGCUGGGGAGCUGGACAGCCCUCCUGGUGAAGGCGGUGCUCACUGGAUCCAUCUCCCUCUGUUCUCUCUUCCUCUUCGUCACACUGGUGCACAGUAACUGAGACUGGCUGCGACCCCAAACAAAGAGGGUCUUUAACACACACAGGGCCUUUCAACCAGACUUUGCCUGUAAAGAUUAAUUUUGUAUCGCUCAGAAAGAGGGCAGGAAUGUGAGCAUUCAUGAUUUGACUUUUUUUAAUGUUAUGAUACUACUUUUUUAUGUAUGAUUUAUUAUUGUGCUGAAUUAGUAUGGUAGAUUGAGUAUUUAUAACAAGUGGAUGAAAGUGGAUGCCUCUUAAGCAUUGUAGUACAGUUACUAAACUACUUUGACAUCUAAGCUGAUGGUACAAUACUGUUGUUACUCUGUGUGCUCACCUGCAUUACUGCAGAUAUGAAAGAGAUUAUCUUUAUCUCAUUCAACAUGAUGAAAUACAAAUGUUGGUGCACUUGUCACAUGACUGAAGCAGCAUAAUGGCGUACUUAUGUUGUCGUAAGAUUACAUAAAACAUGGUAGCAGUGGGUUAUCCUACUCUAUGGAAACUUAGUGAGGUGUGAAUGGAUGGCCAAUAAAUGACUUAAUAUGCUA